GUUGGAAAGGUGAGGCAGGAAGGGGAAAGGUCCCGGCGCGUCCCGGCGCGGCGGCGGCUCCAGCUCGGAAAGACGCCGGGACUGGAAGGAGCCUGGAGGGAGCUGGCGCGGCUCGGGCCGACGCCGCCAUGGGAGCAGCCGGGGCAGAGCCGACAACCCCGUCCCUGGGAAGGGCGAACACGCCGCCGCCCCACGAGGAAGCCAACACCGUCGUCAUCGCAGCGGUCGUCGCCCUGGUGUUCGUCACCCUGCUGACGGUGCUGGCGGUGAUCGUCGUCUACCUGUACAGAAACAAGGGCAGCUACCUCACCUACGAGCAGCCGGCGGCGGGGAGCGACGGCUCGGAGCCGACGGAGGACGCCUCGCCCAAGGACAAGGAAGAAUAUUUUAUCUAACGCGCCGGGUCCGGCGCCCGCCUCUCUCGCGCUCAGGCCUGAGGCCACGGCGCCUCGCUCUCUCGGACGCCGCGAUCUGGAAGCCUUUCUUCUUCCUCCCCUAAUUUAUUAAGCCAGCCCUUGAAGGAGGAAGAAAAAAGGCGGGGGGGGGGGGGAUGCAGGUCGCAGCUUCGACCGUCGCUCCUCGGCGCGGCGGGAGAAACCGCGGGAAGCGCCCGGCGCGCCGGAGCUGCCUCGUCUCCCCCCCCCCCCCCCCGCGCUGCUUUCCAAUACAGCCCCCCGAGAAGCGCUCGCGGGGUUGCUGUCGUCCUUCCUCCGUCUCGCCGAACACCCAAGCCGAGCCGCUCCGCCGUUAGGCGCCGGCUAAUGACCCUGGCUGAUUUGGGAGGGGGGCAAGGCUACGGGCGCGCGCGGGACGGGCGCGAAGCCUCCGCCGUCCCGGGGCUCCCGGCUCCGCCGCGCGUCCGCCCCGCUUCGGCUCGGGAGCGGGGGGCAGUUCCUCCCUUAAACCAAACCCAGCAGCGUGGGAGGAGGAAGUUCGCAAAGCUGCAGCGAAGAGGAAACAGAAGCGAAGCAAGCCUAAGGCUGGCGCUAGGCGAGGCGCCGAGGGCCUUUAUUUGACGUCCAAUGCAAAUUUGCUACUUUAUUCAAAUUUUCAAAAUAGUCUUUAUUCUACUUUUUUUUUUUAGUAUAAAAAAAUCCACAAGUUAAGUGCACCACAGUGUAUACAGAGAGAGACAUAAUGCUGAACUUCCAUAACAGUCAGUUGUAUGGUUAAACACAACAUAUACAAGACACAGAUUUAGAUUAAACUGAAACCUCAAGAUAAAAUAUAUUUGAAUCUGAUAUUUUUCUUCAUAAAACAAAACAAAAAAAAAGAAACCAAAACAUUGAGGAUCCCUGAAAUAUUCUUCUUAACCCUAAUAAGACUU